AUGGCCCAUCUUUCCUACUCGUUCGAGUCUGUUCCCUCCGCCGCGGUCAGGCGCAGGCUUUCAUCCAGCGUCUCCAACGACAAGAGGCCCCAUGUCCCCUCCACCUUUGCCAGUUUGACUGCAAGUCCACUUAGCCAUCUUCCCAUGUGGGCUGCUGUCGCUGGCGCAGUCAUUAACAAUAAUACCCAAUACGAGAUCGCAGUCUCCAUCCACGACUCGGUCUACAGCACCGAUUUCGCAUCCAUUGUGAUUCCAUUCAACGCGAACAACCCGGACAAAAAUGCCAAAGAAAUCGAGCAAUAUGUACUUCAAACUCUCCGCAAGUUCUCUGUUGGUCAUCUCUGCAAGUUUUUGGGAGCCGGUGUCACCUUGUCGCUCCUCAAGGAGUCCCCCAAUUUAUGCACUCGACUUUGGCUUGAUAUGGACAUUGUUCCAUAUGUUUUCAAUAUCAAACCUUUCCACACAGAUUCUUUGACCAGACCCAACAUCAAACACCGUGUUUCUUCAACGACUGGCUCGUAUGUACCAUCUGGAACCGAAACUCCUACUGUAUAUGUCGACUCUGCACACUUGACCGCUAUGUCUGGCCUUCAGGCAGGCGUAAGCGGACGUCUUCCAAUUCCACGCACUAUAGACGAGCAGGCUGAUUCGGCAGCCCGUAAAUGUCUAAUGCACUUUGGUCCUGGUAACAACCCCCGACUUACCAUCGGUCCUCGUAAUCAGGUCAUGGUAGAUGCUGGUGGAAAGGUCCAUCUGCUCGAUGAUCUUGACGAAUACAAGGCUACAGUCGGCAUUAGGACGUGGAACGCCGUUAUCAAGCUCGCUGAUGAACUACGGGAGAAGAAAGUCAAGAUUGGAUUUUUCUCUUCUACCCCACAAGGAGGUGGUGUCGCCCUCAUGCGCCACGCGUUGAUUAGAUUCUUGACGGCGCUUGACGUCGAUGCUGCUUGGUAUGUUCCAAACCCGUCGCCGAGUGUUUUCCGUACCACCAAGAACAACCACAACAUCCUCCAAGGAGUUGCUGCACCGGACCUUCGUCUCACACAAGAAGCUAAGGACGGUUUUGACGCCUGGAUAUUAAAAAACGGCUUGCGUUGGACAGCAGAAGGCGGUCCAUUAGCACCUGGAGGUGUUGAUAUUGCCUUCAUCGAUGAUCCACAAAUGCCUGGUCUUAUUCCUCUUAUCAAAAAAAUCCGACCUGAACUUCCUAUUGUUUAUCGUUCUCAUAUCGAAAUCCGAAGUGACUUGGUUCACGUACCAGGAUCUCCCCAGGAAGAGGUCUGGAAAUACUUGUGGAACAACAUUCAACUUGCGGAUCUUUUCAUCAGCCACCCGGUUAGCAAGUUCGUCCCCAGCGAUGUGCCCACCGAAAAGCUUGCACUACUCGGCGCUGCAACAGACUGGCUUGAUGGCCUCAACAAAGAACUCGACCCGUGGGAUUCUCAAUACUACAUGGGAGAAUUCAGAGCUCUCUGUGCAAAGGAGAAGAUGAACGAACUUCGCUGGCCAGAACGCGAUUACAUCGUACAAGUUGCUCGCUUUGAUCCAGCCAAGGGCAUCAACAACGUCAUCGACUCUUAUUACAAAUUCCGUAACCUUCUCAAAGAGAAAUCCCCUGAUCUGUCUGACGAAGAGCACCCUCAACUCUUGCUUUGUGGGCAUGGCGCGGUUGAUGAUCCUGACGCUAGCAUUAUCUACGAUCAAGUCAUGCAGCAAGUCAAUUCCGAGCCAUACAACAAGUAUGUUAAGGACAUUGUUGUCAUGAGGCUCCCUCCGAGCGAUCAAUUGUUGAAUGCUUUGAUGGCCAACUCUAGAAUUGCUUUGCAAUUGUCAACUCGCGAAGGGUUCGAGGUGAAGGUUUCCGAAGCUCUUCACGCUGGAAAGCCCGUCAUUGCCUGUCGCACCGGUGGCAUUCCUCUCCAAAUUGAAGAUGGCAAAUCUGGUUAUCUGACUACCCCCGGCGAUAACGAUGCUGUCGCUGGUCACCUCUACGACCUUUACACCGACGUGGAGAAAUACAGGGAAAUGAGCCAGUACGCGAAAACUCACGUGUCUGACGAGGUGUCGACUGUUGGUAAUGCAGCUGCGUGGUUGUACCUUGCCGUGAUGUACAACCGUGGUAUCAAGAUCAAACCCAACGGCGCUUGGUUGAAUGAUAUGUUACGCGCGGAGACAGGAGAAGAAUACGUCGAAGGCGAGCCCCGACUGCCUCGCGGUGGUCUAAACAUGCAGGGAUGA